CUCACACAGAAGUCUGGAGCUAUCACAGGUCCGGGGCCGUGGACUUAGAAACUCAGCCCUGAACUGGACGCCAACUAUCCCAGAGGAUGCUCUUCUUCCUGCUACCUGUCGUGGCUCUCUUGCUGAGCAGGGAAACGGCGGUGUCCGCUAACAACAACGACAAAUGGCUGAGCAGCGUGGCUCAGUACGACAAGGAAAGAUCCUGGAACAGAUUCAGAGAUGAGGUGGAGGAUGACUACUUCAAGAGCUGGGCUCCUUCCAAGCCAGCAGACCAAGAGACAGGAGCCCGACCCAGCAGACAUGGAGAACCAGGAACUAAAGCUCACACAGGUCCAGCCAGGAGGACAAUACAGGAUGGUCCAGAUGUCACCAAGGACCCCUGUCUGAAGGUGCGCUGCCCUCCUCACAAGGUGUGUGUCAGCCAUGACUACCAGACAGCCAUCUGCACCAAUCACAAGCAACCACCCCACAGUGUGAAGCCCAGGAAAACCAGCCAAGGCCACAACCACAAGCUCGAAGCUGGUGUUCAUGGGAAAUGUAGGCCGUGUUCAGCACUCCAGUCGAGACCUGUGUGUGGAUCUGACGGCCACACCUAUUCCUCCAAGUGUAAGAUGGAGUUCCAGGGCUGUUUGUCUGGAAAGGUGAUCUCAGUGAAGUGUGAAGGACUGUGUCCCUGUUUGCCGGGUCGAGAACCCAGCAAACCUCCACACAAGACUGACAAGACUGCCUGCAGCGACACAGAGCUCCACAGCCUGGCCUCCAGACUGAAGGACUGGUUCGGAGUUCUGCACUUUGAUGCCAACAGAGACCUCAAAUCCUCCGACUUUGAUGCUGCCACAGGCCGCUUUGACACCAGCAUCUUGCCCAUAUGUAAAGACUCACUGGGCUGGAUGUUCAACAAGCUGGACAUGAACUUUGACCUCUUACUGGACCAAUCAGAGCUGAGCGCCAUCUACCUGGACAAGUAUGAGCUGUGCAUGAAGCCCCUCUUCAACUCCUGUGACUCCUUCAAAGACGGCAAACUGUCCAACAAUGAGUGGUGCUACUGCUUCCAGAAGCCCAAGGGAUUGCCUUGCCAAAAUGAGAAGAGCAGGCUGACUCAGAGUCCACAGAAGAUCCUCAUAGGUUCCUAUAUCCCUCAAUGUACUGAUGAUGGCUACUUCAAGCCAACCCAGUGCCAUGGCAGCACUGGUCAGUGUUGGUGUGUGGACAAAUAUGGUAACGAGAUCGCCGGCUCGAGAAAACACAGCAACCCCAACUGUGAUGAGGAGCAGGAGACCUCAGGGGAUUUUGGCAGUGGUGGUGCAGUCAUUCUCCAUGACAGUCAGGAGGAGGACCCAUUACAGAGUGGGCGGGGCAAACAGAAACAGAGGUGGAGUUGGAUCCAUCCCCGAGGAGCCAUCGAUGAUGAUGAGGACCAAGAGGAGGACAAGGACGAUGAAACUGGCUAUGUCUGGUAGCUCCACCUCAUCUACUCUGCCAUUAGCAAACUUCUGCUCACUCAGCACAGAUCUGAAGCCAUUCCAGCAUGCGCACACAUUUAAGGGUGCCCAGUACUCUCCCAUUCAUAUAAAGGGUGGACACCAGCGAAGGCGGGAAGUAUUGCCAUAAUCAACGGCAUAAAUAGUGGCAGCAGCAAAAGAAAGAAGGGAAGAGAGAAAAAACUCACCCACAAUAACAUAUGCAGUAUGAAGAGGAGCAUCACUGCCACUGAAAGCAAUUGGUACCUAAUAUUCAUGUUGUUAACUCCAGUAAACAUAAACAAUACAUGACUUUCUUGUGAGCUCUGCAGAAGAACAAAUCAUAUUUUGCCAAGUAACAAUAAUGAAAUGUAGACUUUCACAUUUUGAAUCUUUCUUUCUAUAUGUUUGGCCAUUGUAGAGUUUACUGGUCAGACUGUCCUCCAUCAGAUGGCUUUCUGUUUUGGUUGUUUGUUUCAGUUUUGAUUCUGAGUGGAUAGGUCAUGAAUCUGCAGCCAUGAGAACACAUUUUAAAUAGAACAGGGUGUGCAUGCCAGAGCCCAUCCCUAGCAAUGUUUAGUUGUCACCAAUAAGAGGCUUCAAAUCAGUUAGUGACCAGUUUCUAGGCCUUGCCACAUAGCAGGAGUCCAGCAAUUAGUGCAAACUCCACGUAGCCAGUACACUUCUGCCAAACGGGGAAACCCUUAAACGAGUGCGCCCAGUGUCCUGCCCUUUGUCCUGCCCUCUGCCUCUUGCACCAAGCCAUUGGUCCAACACUCAGUUCAAGAACUUGUUAUUAUAAUUCCUGUCUCACUCUUCAGUCUCUCUCUCCUGGAUCAACAACCAUGUCUCUCCACCAUCCGAGAACAGAGACUCUUUUAGAUUCCAACAAAGAUUGUUGAAUGUCUUUGACAGUUCGACUCGCCUUGUCCUCUCCCUUCAUCUUGGACCUGACAACAUGAACUUUCUCUUUUCUUUUGUUUUUUUUUUUCUCCCUGCCAUUCUCUUGGUUUGUCUCAAAUUCUGUCUGUCAUGUAUCUCAGUGUGUCCAUAUCAGAGCCUCUGGUAUGUCUGUAUGUCUGUAAUUUCCUAGUGGAUUGUAAAUUAUGUAAUUGUUGAUCUUGAAUGUCCCAGAAAGGAAACAGAGGAAGGAGAAAGAUUUGAGACACUUUGUCCUUUCCCACUGAAACUGACAUUUGGCUGAUCAGCUCAAGUUUGUAGAUUAAAUUCAUCUUGAAAGAAGGAAAACAGCAUGUUUUGUUAAGGACAGUGACGCUGUUUUGGCUUCUAUUGUACAUUGCUGCUCUUGCAGUGCUGUCUAGAGUCUCAUUUCUUCUUCUCCCAAGCUCAGGGGGUAGAAAGUAGAUGUCUUUGCAGAAGAUAUUAAACAUGCCACUUAAAAAAAGAGUAAUGUUUCUGUCAAACUCAAAGUGUAAAAUUAUUUAUGCAAUGAAACACCAAAUCAAAAUUAAUUUAUUUUUCUAGUUUUUGUGUUUUCAGUUCAGAGUAUGGCCAAAAUCUCUCUAGUGUAAAUAGAAAAGCCCGCCAUCAGUUCCCCCCGUUUUCCAGGCUUUGAUAAAGCACCCUUUGCUUUUAGUCACAGACCUAAAGGGAAACAACAGGAACAGCACUUAUCUCUUGGCUUUGAAAAAAAAAAAAAGCACAGAAGCAGCAGAAAAGAGCCUAAAAGCCUAAUGAGGGAUGUUUGGGGGGGGAAAUCAUGUGUCUUUAGCCUAGGACCUUCAGUGACUGACUUCUUGUGAGUUCAACACUCACUCUAGAGUCUGCUGAGGGUCUAAAUAAUCUUAAUAGUCUUGUUUUCAUACAUUAUUCAGGAAAGCAACAAGAUGUGUCCCUUUGGGUUCUAUUAUAACUAUCCAAAACAGAUGAGAAGGAGAAUCUGUUGGCUCCCAGUAGACCCAGUUAUAAGGAGCAUUAUAUUUAGCUUGGGAUAACUAAUGCAGUACAAACAUGCGAAUGUUUAAUCUCAUUACACUUUCGUAAACAAACUGCUAUCCAACAGGUCAUGGUGCAUGUUUUCAGAGAAGAGAAUCUAAGGCACCAUCUGCAAUAAUCUGUUUGUUAUUGGAUUCAUGCUGUUAAGAUCACGUCAGUGCAGUUUGUCUGCUGAUAGUACACUCAUUAUGAACAACACAGGCGCAAAGAGUGUUUAAGAGUAUUUUAGUAGAAAUGCUGUCAGAGCAACACAAUUAAGCCGGCCUCUUAAGGAAUAGUAGAUUGCUUGAAAAUAGUAGACUACAGAAAUCAUUAAGAUUUUAUAAACGUCCCACAAUUGAUUUGAUUAAUUGGAAAGGUGCUUUGCAGUAUUCAAAUGCAAGAAUAGUAUCUAUUAGCUAUGAGAUUAGCUAUAACCACUUACUAGCCACCUGAGAUUGACAAUCUGUCUGGUUGUUCUUUCCUUUAGAGCCAGUCAGGCAGAAAUGAAGCUCUCAUGCACAUGUUAGUUACAGACACAAAGCCCAUUUAAAAAAAAUAAAUAAAUAAAAAAUAUCACACACCACUGCUCACUUUCCAACAUUUCUCCUUCUCCUGUGUCUCACGCUUUUCCCUCAGACAUGUACAAGUACAAGCUCAUUUAAUCAUUCCUGUUUUUACCCUCCUCUCUAACCUUCCCUCCAGCUUCAUCUCCCAACAAGGGAUGUGUCUGAGCUAAAUCUGCUGCGAGGGUGUUCCCUUUCCCCUGAGUCACUUCCUUUGAUUUCUCUUUUCCUUUUCUAUAAUCAAACGUCAAACCCUGACUUUUUAGAGACACAUGCAGACAUCUAAAUUCACACUGUAACAUUGUGAAGUGUGCAUAAGCUUAUUUCUUGCUGUUAAAUCCAUUUUCUCUCUUCUUGGUGCUGCAGUUAACCCCAGCCUUCCAUUUGCCCUGUUAUGAUGUCAUAAGAGAGCCUUGCUCUGUUCUGCAGACACAGCUGUCCCUCUCCUGCCUGGCUGCUUAUUUAAAGGGCAGAAUACCCUUUUUACCAGUGUUAAGCCCUGUGUUGCUCAAACAUUAAUGGGAGCACAAUGAGCUCAGAUACUCCGAAUCUCUCCCUCUUAUCCGAAGCAGUGACUAAACCAUCCUCAGACACACUGAUAAACAAACACAUAGGCGUUAUACACAAACUUAAAUGGCCAUAUUUGCGAGUCUUAUUUGUUAGUUCUAUAUAUUUUUUACUUUUAAAAAGAAAUUAAUGAUAUUUAAGCAAUGUAAUAUAAUGUAAUUGCCAUGUGGCAUUGUCCAUUUGCAUUUAAAUAGACUGAGGUGUGUAAAGGUCAUUGUCACUUAUUGUAGCUGGAGUCCUGUAGCCCUCGCCAUAGGAGCAUAGUUUAGUGAGAUUUUCACUGUCUUUUAUUUUUUGUUUUGUUUUUUGUUUUUCUCCUUUUGGAUUUCUAAUGCAAUGUUGAUGUUAUGGGCUGAAAAUGUCUUGAUUUUACUGUGACAGUUCCACAAUGUUUGUCUGAAUAAAUUUAGGUCUGUUUGUCCCUCA